AUGGAGGUCGAUGUGUUGAUCCGAUGUGAUCCACAAUCUAUUCCCGCACCACCACCGCUCAACAUCACGACAAUGGCGUUACAUCAGAUGCAGCUUAGCUAUGAUCAAGCUCAAGCGGUGUUGAUGGACAAAGAAAGACGCCCACUGCCGGCAAUCACGUUCGUCAGGAAACAAUUUAAGGAUCCCACAGAAGAUUACAGUUACCUAAGCAGAGGCAUGCUUAAGUGUGCAGACAUUUCUCGUCGUUCGCAACCAGCCCGAAUUCUGAAGCUGAAUGCUCUUGCCGUCUAA